CAAAAUUUCCGUGUGCUAAAUUUGAAAAUGCGUUAUCACUGUACUGUGCAGUCAGGACACCGAUAAAGCAGACCUAUCUUUGAGAGUGUGUUUGACAGUGUACACAGUGUACACAUACCUUAGAUCAACUCUCCGAGUGGCGUUUAGUUCAGGAUGUUAAAUACUUAAGUUGAGUGUUAUGUUGAUUGUGUUAAACAUACGGCCUGUUGAGUGUUAAGUUGACUGUGUUAAACAUACGGCUGGUUGAGUGUAAGGUUAAUUGUGUUAAACAAUUGGCUGGUCGAGUGUUUUCAAGGUAUAUGAUUUAUAAAGGUCUAAGAGAGAUUUUGAUCAAGGAGAAACAAGGCGUAUCAAGUAGAAAGUGUAAAGCUACUUAAAGUUUAACCUACAGUAUCGACCAGGUGUUCAACCGACAGUAUCAACCAGGUGUUCAACCGACAGUACCGACCAGGUGUUCAACCGACAGUAUCGACCAGGUGUUCAACCGACAGUAUCAACCAGGAGUUCAACCGACAGUAUCAAACAGGUGUUGAACCUGCCUUAUGAAACAGGUGUUUAACCUGCAGUAGAAACUCGGUGUUAAACAUAAGGCGAACAUAACAAGUAGGAUACAGCAAAAUACAAAAAAUAUGGGUAGGUUCUAUAAGUGGUUUAUAAUCAAGUUAUUAUUAAGAUAACAUAAGGUUCUAUAAGUGGUUUAUAAUCAAGUUAUUAUUAAGAUAACAUAAGGUUCUAUAAGUGGUUUAUAAUCAAGUUAUUAUUAAGAUAACAUAAGGUUAAAUAAGUUUAUUGAUCCAAAGGAAUGGAACUUUGCAUGUUUUUUUAUCGUAAAAAUAUUUAAUUCCUUAAUAUUAAUUUCGCUUUUGUUCGUGGUUGGCUGGCUGCCUGGCUGGGUGGUUGGCUGGCUGGCUGGUUGGCUGGCCAAAUUUUCGGGAGGCUAAAUCUCCAGCUUACGCCUCCUACCAACCCUGAAACUUGGCACAUUAACUAGCUUCCUAUGGAAACACAUUCUGUCAAAAUUUGAGCGCAAACCCAAAAAAUCAAUGUAUCCACUUUAUCCCUUACGUCACUUAAUGGAUGGGUGCAUUUGAUAUAAGAGAAUAACAUAGUCUCAAAGUCACAAAGGGCUACAAGUCACAAUCUGCUACAAGUCACAAAGUGACACACGGCACACUUUCAGGCAAUAAUAAAUUUCCAUUUUUGAUUAAAUUGUUAACAAGUUGUAUAAUCAUUAUAAGGUUCUUAAAUGUCACAAACAAUAUGCUUUUGUCUAGAUUGAUACAGACAUCGUAUAACGAUAGGCGAGUGUUACAGUUAGAAUCGGUGCAAGACACUGAAUAAUAAAAUCAUCAUACAACUUCAUACCGUCAUUCGUCAAUAUGUAACUGAUGAUGUUGAGUUAGUUGUACGUCUUAAAUAAACAAUUUUAAUCUCUCAGUAAGAUUUCAAUGGGUCAUCCAUCUGUUUUACUGGUAGAAUAUUAUCGACUAAAAACGUGAGAAGAAUGGAUUAAUUGCUUUCCUUGGGGAUGCAUGGUAGUUUCACUUUAUUGUCCAGCAGAAAAUGUCGAAGGUCAAGGGUUAAAUAGUUAUUUAAUUUUUUUUUAUAUAUCCCAUUCACGUUUAAGGGCAGGGGGUGGGAGGUUGGGGGAGGGUGGAGGGGGGCUGCGUUCACUUCCAAGCAAUAAGAGGUAUUCACAGGGGACAGAACAACCUGGAUCAAGACAAAAGCGAUUAAAAUAUGUUUUUCUAAUAAGGGCAAUAGAGAUAAAGUGCUGAUUAUAGGAUAGGUCUAGAUCAAACUUGGUACAGUUCUUUUUGAAAAAAUCUCUAUUGAGAACCUAAAACGUUUCGUAAAAUCAUACUAUUGACCACUGUCACAGCCAGGGACACAACACACUUGACCACUGUCACAGCCAGGGACACAACACACUCAUACUAUUGACCACUGUCACAGCCAGGGACACAACACACUCAUACUAUUGACCACUGUCACAGCCAGGGACACAACACACUCAUACUAUUGACCACUGUCACAGCCAUGGACACAACACACUCAUACUAUUGACCACUGUUACAUCCAGGGACACAACACACUUAUACUAUUGACCACUGUCACAGCCAGGGACACUAUUUCCAUUGUCCUUAUAUACGCCAUAUCUCUUUCAAUUAAAAAUAGUUCCAUAAACUUCUAGAUUGUUCCACGAAGAUAUCAAGAUACUGAAAUGCAGAUAGGAACUAAACGUUUAUGGAACUUUUAGUUUAGUUUUAAAGAACUCUAAGCUUCACUGAGGAUUUCCUCGAUAACCCUGAACAUAACUAUUUUAAGGUUUUUUUUAAAAUUCUCUAACUUCUUCUAGACUGUUUGAUUUAGUAUUAUUAUUUGUGAUAUUACAGUGGUCUUAUAUAGCGAGGUACCCCAGCCUAUAGUGCAGUACCCCAGCAUAGGAUUCAGUGGUCUGAUAAAGAUUGUUACCCCAGCCAAGUGCUCAGUGGUCUUAUAUAGCGCAGUACCCUAGCAUAGGGAUCAGUGUUGCACAAUUUUAUUUCAAAUGCAACGCUUAAUUUACUUUUCUUCAAAAGCAUUUAAAAAUAUUUAUCAAAAUAAAAUUUAUUUUUAUCCGACCUACUCAAUGCUGUAAAAAUAUUUAAGAUUAAACUCUUUUGGCACCUGGUGGCCGUGGGUGGGGGGGGGGGGUUGGGGUGGACUGAUAAACAUUUAUGAGGCAACACCCUAUAAAAUCCAUCCUAUUGUGAAGGACUACAUUAAUGUGAGCUUUAUCUGAAUGAUUUAAAUUUUACCGCAAUAGGAGGAUAACUAAAAGGGGCCACUUUGGAAGAGGGGGCCUAUGUUGUUAUAUGUGGCACAUCGCCAUAUCUUGGACACUUUUAAUAAGAAAUCUUUCUAAAGUUAAAGUUGUCUUUUUAUCGUGGUUCUUGGCUGUGCUCAGCUUGAAUAUCAACUGGAACUGGUUCUGGUGGUUACAAGAUUAAUUUAAAUCUGGCGAUUUAUUGGAUAAAAUUUUAACUUUUAAUCGGUACUGCAGCGCAAUGUUUUUGACAAGGGCCAACAUCUCCGUGUACAAGGUAAUCCGCUGUGGAAGUUGUUUUUGUUCCGAAUACAGCACGGGUUUAUUGGCUAGUGUCUAAUUGAAACCUAUUUGAUGAAGAAGACAAGUUAAUUAGAUCCAUCCAUCCCUAUGUCACUGAUGCCUACGUGGGGCUUUGGCCUAUCUCAUCACAUCCAUCCCUGUGCCACUGCUGCCUACGUGGGGUUUGGCCUAUCUCAUCACAUCCAUCCCUGUGUCACCUCUGCCUACGUUGGGCUUUGGCCUACAUCAUCAUAUUGUUCCAUCCAUCCCUAUGACACUAGUGCCUAUGCGGUCCGUUAUGUUCGUGAAACUUUCCUCUCCCGUGUGUUUUCUGUUGUUUUUUGUUAAUGUCCAAUUUAACUUGAGUACCUAACAACUGGUCUGAUUACAGGUAUUCAUACAGUUUUCUUUGUUUUUCGUGUAAUGUUUUUCUCUAGAGAAUUUCUGACUACUGAAGUAAGCUCUGUUUUCGGUUGAUAUUCUUUCUUUCAUUUCUCUUUUUUUUUUUAAAUUAAUUUAUUUAUUUUAUUCAUUAAGAAUGCUUUUUUUAAAAAUUGAUUUACUUCUCCAAAAGUAUGGUUUCUAAUGUGAAUGGUUUUCAUUUCUCAGUUCUUCUCUUAUCAUAGUCAUGUAUUUUGUUUUUUGUUUGUUAACUUCCAUGCGCUGCUUGUAUUGAUGCGUCUUCUAAUUAAAUCAAGUAUUUUCAUACAUCUUUACUACUUUUCCCGUUCUAUGUCUUCAGCAUAUGCAAGAUACUUAAGGGGUUAAUUGUAGAGAGUGUCCUAUGGUUGCGGGUCUUGGGUUUCCCCCAGAAAGUAUCCUGUUUUUGUUCCUCGGUUUUCGAUGUGUAUGUUUCUUAUAACUCUCUCUAAUUGUAGGUUCAAUAUCACACAAGAUAGUAAGAAUCCAUGUCUUAGGCAUCCUCUAAUCUGAAAUUCCCUUGAAUAUUCUCUUUGAACCUUGAUUUUGCUUUUUGAGUUGUUUAAUGUUACAUGUAUCAGUCUUGUCAGUUUGUUGAGUAUGCCAAACUCCCACAGAGUCUCCUAUAGACAUUUUCUUUUGAAGCUGUCAAUGGUCAUUUUAUACUCCACAUUGAGCUGAUGUACUUGUAUAUUAUGUUCAUAACAUUUCUCUAGUAGGCAUGCAACGGUGAAUAUCUGAUCUGUGGUUGAUCUGAUAUCCCUGAAUCCACAUAGGUUAUCACCUAGUAUUCAUUAAAAGGACUCGUUGUGGAAAUUAAUACUUUUCCUCUUGUCCAUCGUCGGCGUUAAGUAUGGCCUCAAAAUAUUUAGCCCAACUCUCUAGUACUUUUUAUUUUCCGUAUUUAAUUGUCCAUCAUUGCUCUCACACAUUUGAGUUCUGUCUUGGAUUCCAUUCUUUUCGUCUUUUAUCUUCUGAUAUUUCCUUCUCCUGAUAAGUCUUCUAUUUCUUUUAGUCUAGCUUUCCCCCCUCAUUUUUGUACUUCCUACACAUUUUCGUGGAUUUCUCUGCUCAAUCAUUGAAUAUUUGUCUCGUCUUUCUGGUUUCACUUGUGACUUGGUCAUUCGCGCCUUGUUCCGUUCUUUGACUGUCUCUCUGCAUUCAUUAUCAAAUCAGCCUACUCAGCGGUUAGUUUGCUGAAAUCCAAAUACUUUUAUCUACUGAUCAUUUGUUUCAUUUACGUAAGCCUUUGCGGUUAUUUUGUCUUAGGUAAAUUUUUGGUUAUCACAUCGUUUUGUCUUUGGAUUCGGAAAUUGUGAGUUAUGCUUAUUCCCCGCUUAUAUUUAGCCUUAAAAGUAGAUUGUCAGAGUCUGCAUCUGCUCCUAGAUAGCUUCUUAUGUCUAGUUUAACUGAUCCAUGCCUCUGAUCCAUUUCUCAAUGGUAAAAUUGGUUGUGGGUGAUUCCAUCUGAAGAGUUCCAAGUAAUUUUAUGUAUAUUUUAGAGUAGAAACUUGAUUCUGCUACCUGUCAUCCUUGUUCCUAAAGCAAAGUCUAGGAUUAGGUUUUUCAUGCAGACUCUCAUUGCCAAUAGCUGGCAUAAACAGUUUUUCUUUCCUUAAAGUCACCUAUCGCUUUUUUUAAUAUUAUGUCGUGGUGCCUCAACGUAGAUCUUUCCCAGCGUCUCCUAAAAGGAUUAUUUUUACCUUACCUUCUGUAUCUUCGGUGGGAACAUGAACAUUUAUAAUUGUACUAUUACCGGUAAACAUUUUUUUCCUGGCACACGCAGAGAGCAAUAUCUUUUACUCUCUAGUUCAAAACCAAUGACUUCACCGAUGGCUACUUUUUUUGCACAAAAAAUCCUGCUCGCAUAGUGUUAGUGCCACUAUAAAAUAUGGUGUAGUCAUUUGUCCUGAGGAUGUCUGCAUUUUUACAUAGAAUUUAUUGCAAUGCAGAAAUAGAUAUUAUUCAUUUAUUAAUUUCAACUAUUAUGUUGGGUAUGGCUCCUGCUCUAAACAGGCUUAGUACAUUCCAAGUCACAAUCCAAAAAUGAAGGGGCGAUUUCCAUUGGAAUCAGUCCUGGCUUUAUUCUGUUGUUUUGGCUUUCGUAACAGUCGAAAUGCAGAUCUUAAUAAUGUUGAGUGUUCAUCUAACCUUGAUGUCAGAUGACUACUUGUUCGGAUAUUGUCUCUCACUUCGUCUCACGGACUAGUGCAACUGAUACCAUCCAUUAUUCCAAUACACUAAACAUUGAAUAUUUUGUUGCACGCUUCAAGUUUAUUGCACAACUGCACAACAUGGCAGAGUAUGUAUACUGUUCUCAAAAUCCAAUUCGUUACACAAAUCAAAGUACUUCUCUAACAAUACAUCCAGCCGAAAUCAGCAACAAAAAACAAGAUAUACCCUGAAUAUUCUCCAACUCCACUCUACGGCCACCAAUCCACUAAGACAUACCCUGAAUAUUCUCCAACUCCACACUACGGCCACCAAUCCACUAAGAUAUACCCUGACUAUCCUCCACCUCCACUCUACGGCCACCAAUCCACUAAGAUAUACCCUGACUAUCAUCCACCUCCACUCUACGGCCACCAAUCCACUAAGAUAUACCCUGAAUAUCCUCCACCUCCACCCUACAUCCAUCAAUCCACUAAGAUAUACCCUGAAUAUCCUCCACCUCCACUCUACAGCCACCAAUCCACUAAUAUAUACCAUGAAUAUCCUCCACCCUACAGCCACCAAUCCACUAAGAUAUACCCUGAAUAUCCUCCACCUCCACCUCCACCCUACAGCCACCAAUCCACCAUAACAACAACCAAACUAACUCGUCAUUUCCCCUUACCCAAAAACCUCAUCUAACUCUCAACAAAGAAGACAUACAGCUACACAUAUACUCUCUACAUAUAAAAUCUUUUCCAUAUCAUACGUAACAGCAGUGAUUCUCAUACCCUGAAAGUAACAUUAAUGUUUAUUUUACAUGGCAGGAUUGUUAGCCCUGCGCACAACCAUCUGGUGGCUGUCCGGGAUGUUAGCCCUGGGCACAACCAUUGUGGAGGCUGUCCCGUACAGCUGUCUUAGUCGUUGCCUUAAUUUUCGGCUGCCCCAUACAGCUGUCUUAGUCGUUGCCUUAAUUUUCGGCUGCCGUUCCCUAGCCUUUGUGGAUCCCUCCACUUUGGUGGCAGGUUCUGAUCUUGGUCCGCCCAGGAUAUUGUAUUUUUCCAGUAUCUAGUGGACUUUCCCCUAUCCACCACCUGGGCAGGCACUCGAUACAAGACCAAUACCACCGCACGAAAAGUUAUUUAGAUCACUUGAAUUAAAUAUCGUAAUGUCAACAGUUGCGUUAUUUAUAUCACUGGAACCAAAUUAUGCGGUAAUGCAACAGUUGAAAUCAUUAGAAAGUGUCUUAUCUGAUAAAUACUGAACGUAUCUCACAAGCAAUCUUAACCAUUUUCAAAAAAAAAAAUGAUCAUCAGUUUACAAAAUCUCGGUAUUUUGGGGAAAAGCUGUGUGUUAAAGUAAAUCAAAAAGUGUUGCAAAAGUGCCAGAUUGCCAUCCCUGUGUCAUGUAUCUGAAGAAAGUUAUACCUGUACUUGUUUUUUGAAUCUCCAACUAUAAAUAUCCAUGUGAGUGUAACAGACCAUGUCUGCAAUUUUGCACACGAAACCAUUAAGUCAGGGAGGUGUCAUGAGGUGAAUAGCGAACUCUAUUAACUUGCAUUAUUUCACGGGAAAAGAGAAUGAACUAUAUUUUAGUACAGUGGAAGUGAGCCGCAUGUUUCGGGUGAUGAGGGCAGUAUAUCUUAAGCCGAAAGAAGAUCAGACGUGGUUAACUUACUGUCAAGUGAAUUAUUUCCAUCAUGCUGUGGAGUAUUAUAUAUGUAUGAGAUAAUUGCAUUCUGAAUUUGUUACUUGGAUAUCAAUGCAAGACAUAUUAUUAUUAUUAUUGUUGUAGUAAGUGAAGUAAUAAAGUACUUUGCAAAUUAUUCGUGAAAGUUAUCAUCUACUUCGUUGUGUGACAGGCCAGUCGAAUUGAGGAGUGAAAGAAGUGAAUUAGUUAUUACUUGACCGAAGAGAAGCCGGCAUCUUGAACUAUCAAUUAAGUCAAUUAGUUAACCAUGCUACUACCACAAUAAUUAGCAUGUGUUACAGUGAGGAAUUGGGGGGAAUUUAUACUCCUCCAAAUUCUCCAGAUAAACAAAAUGGUAAUAAAUAUGAGAUUCAGGUUGCAUUUUUUUUUUAAUUUAAAGUAGAGGAUGAAUGUUUGUUGUAUUGUUUUGUACCCAUGACGUCACGGUUCGUCUCUCUCCCAGACUGGCUGCUUUUGACGGCCAAUGGAGCGGGCGUCAGUGUCGACGUUCCCUGUGGGGGGGUCAUCAACUUCGUGUGUCGAUCGUCCGGUCACUACGGUGACCACAUCGUGCUGUACAAAGGGAGCAAUGCCGGUGGGGUCCUCGCCAGAAGCAAGCUCCCUUAUGACCUCCAUUACAAGGUCUCCGAUGCCAGCAGCAGUGACACAGCUUCGUACACGUGUCAUGACGAGUCUGGCUAUGCCGUGGAUGACAAUGUGUAUGUGUCAGUUGUCUCAUGUAAGUGUUUUUGUGUCAACAUCCACUGUAAAUACCAUCAAAUGUAGGUAAAGUUCAGGAAGAUUUUGAAAUUAAACAUUAAGAGCAACGCAACAGAGAAUUAAUCUUCAUAUAUCAAUCAAUGUGGUGUAAAUAUGUGCGAUUAUCGAUUAUUAAAUACAUAUAUAUAUAUAUAUAAACAGUUAUAUGUUAUUGAGUUAUUUGAAAACAAAACACGAACAAGCAAAACUAUUUAUUAUUCUGUACGUCAAAACUUCUAGCUGUUUACAGGAUUAUGCAGAGAUUCCCUAAGGCUAAACCCAUAAUCUUGUUGUAACGUAUUACAGGUUUAGACACAGAUGUCCCUAAUCCAAUAAUCCUAUGGUCGUGCCUGGCUGUGGUCAUCCUGAUCAUCGCCAUACUGGCCAGUUUAAUCUCCUACUUCCGGAUGAUGAAGAAGUCAAGGGGGAGGUCAACGCGCGGCGCGGACCAGGCUUCGGCAACCAGCGGCACACACACCACGGUUAACCACAACAGAACCUCCGAUCAUUUCAGCUUGUCGCUACCCACUGUCUCCAGCGGUGACGUCAGACAGAGCAGGUGGAGUGCCGUAUCGGGUAGAUUGGCGGGUUCGCCCCCUUACCGCACACUUAGAGCCUAUGACGUCGACCCACCGAGCUACGGGUCUGUUGUUCUUGAGGACGAUUUCCCAGCUGUAGCAGCGGAUGUGACGUCAGAUUCGCAUGCCCCGCCUCCGUAUUCUUCCGUGCUGGCUGACCAAUCACAACGGAGUCCAAACAGAAAAGCAGACCACUCGGGUACGGCAUUAAGUCCUCAAUUCAAACAGUAACAACACCUAAGGAUUUAAACUAUUCUUUAAUUAAACAUUUCCUGUUGUAAGGUUUCUCAUUAAUGUGAGAGGGACCUUGGUGAAGUCAAUGAAUAUAAUAGGGGCUGUUGGUGAAGUCAAUGAAUAUAAUAGGGGCUGUUGGUGAAGUCAAUGAAUAUAAUAGGGGCUGUUGGUGAAGUCAAUGAUUAUAAUAGGGGCUGUUGGUGAAGCCAGUGAUAAUAAUAGGAGCUGUUGGUGAAGUCAGUGAUAAUAAUAGGAGCUGUUGGUGAAGUCAGUGAUAAUAAUAGGAGCUGUUGGUGAAGUCAAUGAUUAUAAUAGGAGCUGUUGGUGAAGUCAGUGAUAAUAAUAGGAGCUGUUGGUGAAGUCAAUGAUUAUAAUAGGAGCUGUUGGUGAAGUCUGUGAUGAUAAUAGGAGCUGUUGGUGAGGUCAGUGAUAAUAAUAGGAGCUGUUGGUGAAGUCAAUGAUUAUAAUAGGAGCUGUUGGUGAAGUCAGUGAUUAUAAUAGGAGCUGUUGGUGAAGUCAAUGAUUAUAAUAUGAUCUGUUGGUGAAGUCAGUGAUAAUAAUAGGAGCUGUUGGUGAAGUCAAUGAUUAUAAUAGGAGCUGUUGGUGAAGUCAGUGAUAAUAAUAAGAGCUGUUGGUGAAGUCAAUGAUUAUAAUAGGAGCUGUUGGUGAAGUCAGUGAUUAUAAUAGGAGCUGUUGGUGAAGUCAGUGAUUAUAAUAGGAGCUGUUGGUGAAGUCAAUGAUUAUAAUAGGAGCUGUUGGUGAAGUCAGUGAUUAUAAUAGGAGCUGUUGGUGAAGUCAGUGAUUAUAAUAGGAGCUGUUGGUGAAGUCAAUGAUUAUAAUAGGAGCUGUUGGUGAAGUCAGUGAUAAUAAUAGGAGCUGUUGGUGAAGUCAAUGAUUAUAAUAGGAGCUGUUGGUGAAGUCAGUGAUAAUAAUAGGAGCUGUUGGUGAAGUCAAUGAUUAUAAUAGGAGCUGUUGGUGAAGUCAAUUAUUAUAAUAUGAUCUGUUGGUGAAGUCAGUGAUAAUAAUAGGAGCUGUUGGUGAAGUCUGUGAUGAUAAUAGGAGCUGUUGGUGAGGUCAGUGAUAAUAAUAGGAGCUGUUGGUGAAGUCAAUGAUUAUAUUAGGAGCUGUUGGUGAAGUCAGUGAUUAUAAUAGGAGCUGUUGGUGAAGUCAAUUAUUAUAAUAUGAUCUGUUGGUGAAGUCAGUGAUAAUAAUAAGAGCUGUUGGUGAAGUCAAUGAUUAUAAUAGGAGCUGUUGGUGAGGUCAAUGAUUUUAUUAGGAGCUGUUGGUGAAGUCAGUGAUUAUAAUAGGAGCUGUUGGUGAAGUCAAUUAUUAUAAUAUGAUCUGUUGGUGAAGUCAGUGAUAAUAAUAAGAGCUGUUGGUGAAGUCAAUGAUUAUAAUAGGAGUUGUUGGUGAGGUCAAUGAUUAUAUUAGGAGCUGUUGGUGAAGUCAGUGAUUAUAAUAGGAGCUGUUGGUGAAGUCAACUAUUAUAAUAUGAUCUAUUGGUGAAGUCAGUGAUAAUAAUAAGAGCUGUUGGUGAAGUCAAUGAUUAUAAUAGGAGCUGUUGGUGAAGUCAGUGAUUAUAAUAGGAGCUGUUGGUGAAGUCAAUGAUUAUAAUAUGAUCUGUUGGUGAAGUCAAUGAUUAUAAUAGGAGCUGUUGGUGAAGUCAAUUAUUAUAACAGGAGCUGCAGAUGUCUUAGGAGCCUGGUUUGUUUCACACAUUCCCGCAGAAAAGUGGUUUUAAUUGUGGAAAACAAAACAAAAAUUAACAAAGACUUUUCUAUUAAAGACGAGUUAGAAUGCAAUAAAAAGUACAACAUAAUGAACAUUUGCUAAAAUACAGUACGCACGAGAACAUCUAAAUAAGGUCUUAAAAUGUCACGUUUAGUUAGACAGAUUGCGCUCCGCUCCACAAUAUGCAGACUAAGUGUGAGUAAAGAGAAACUGUUUGAAAAAAAGCGUUUCUUUGAAUGUCUAAAACAGACAGGUUUGCUCUGAAUGUCUAAAACAGACUGGUUUACUCUGAAUGUCUAAAACAGACUGUUUUGCCAUCAUUGCCCUCGGAGAUUGAGUUGUCAUCUCUUCCUAAAGAUGUUUUAAACUAGCACAUCUUACCCAGCGUUGCUCUUAUCAUCUUUCUCACUUAUACAUCCUUCAUUUUAACUUCGAACAGACGAGGCAAUGCUUGACCCCCCACCUGCCUACCCUGGACCCAAUUAACCAGCAACCCUAAGUCUGACGUUCUCACAUCUUCAGGUAGGUUUCAACGACGUUCUUGGUGGGUUCUGGCAAAAUAACUUCCACAACAGCAGGGCUCACGGUUCCACGGACAGAACACCCUUAAGAAUGUACCCUUUUCUUUCUUUGUUUAGUACAGAUGUCAUUUUGAGAUUCAUAAUAACACGCUCAAGAACUUAGAGGUAGCCACUUUUGUAACAAAGCUAGAACCAGUAUUAACAUCAUGACAAUGUUUAUUCAUAAAAUUAUUUGUUAAGGAAUUAUUUUUUUUUUAAAAUUAAAGAUGAUUUGAAAUAUGAAAUCGGAAUAUAGUUGUACACGUUUUUAAACAAAUUUAAUGAAACAAACUUCAACUGAAAUGUCACUGAAUUAUUAAAAGUUGUUUUUUAGUUGUAUUUAUUUUAUUUAUAUAUUUUUUAACUUUAUUUCAGUGACAUAAUUAUAUGCCAUCAUUUACAUAGAGCCAACAUGACCUGAUGUGACUAAAUCAACGCAAUAUCGCAGAGCCAACAUGACCUGAUGUGACUAAAUCAAAGCAACAUCUUAGAAUCAACACGACCUGUAAUGACUAAAUCAUCUUAAUCUAAGGCAUAUUAUAAUGAAUGUAUCCAGACAUCAUCCAUGGACUGUAAGACAUAAUAGGAAUCUUGUACAAAUCAGUUGUCUGGUCCCCUGAGACGUCGUCGGGAGAGCUGUGUGAAUGUCAGACGGACGGGUUGCUACUAGAUAUGUUACCCAUAAUUGGUUACGGUAGUAUUGGUUUUGUUCCAGUGAAAUAUUGUUUGCUCCUAAAGUAGUUAAUGAUCUCAUCAGCUCACAUCACUGUCAGAUGUCACCAUCUCAUGUGGCUGUCAGAUAAUGUCAUCAUCUCAUAUAGGCCUGUCAUAUAUAAUUUCAUCAUCUCAUACGACUGUCAGAUAAUUUUAUUAUUCCAUGGGAGUGUCAGAUAAUGUCAUCACCUCAGGCGGCUGUCAUUGGGUAAAUGCCCUUAGAGUUGUUUAUAGGUCAAAUUCCAUCAGCUAUUACUUUGUUUAAUCGAAGUGGCUUUUCGGACCCGGGUCCAAGAAGCUAGAGGUUGGGAUAAAAAAAAUAUUAUUGUUCGGUUGUAACACCAAACUUGGUAUCAAAUGAAAGAUAAUUAAAUGAAGGCUGUGAUAGUCGCUAUCUUGCUGGUGUGCAAAGGAGGAGAAUUCUAUUGUUUUGGUGCACAGAAAGAUCAGUCAAUUAAUUUGUGACUUAGACUAGAGCUGUUGUGGUCUAAUCAAAUCAGGCAAAUGGUUCUUGUCAUUUUAAUUGCACGUCAACAUAUUGCCGGCUGCAUUUCAUCACAAACAUUAAACCGAGGCACACACUAAAAAAUGAACACCCAAUAAAGUAUGUAGAAUGUAGGCGUGCAACAAGUAUGUGUUUAUUCUAGUGAUGCAUAUACUUCUCAUAUACGUGUGAUGACACAUCUACACGAUGUUUUAAGUUUUAUAAAUAAUUAUACUUACACCUUUUCAUAUAAAUCUUUUAUAAAAUGUAAUAUUGAGCCAUGGGAGUGGGGGGGGGGGGCCUGUACAUUUGAAAAAAAAAAUUCAAACCAUCCCGGUAAUAAUUU